AUGUUGACAGCCUUCGCUGCCGUUGACAACGCGUACUUCCGAUGCGGGUUUCUACAACAGGGCGCGGAAUCUGACAGGUUUUUGAGAGCUCGUUCGGCAGAUUACGACACAUAUGAUCCGAAGAGUAGUAAAAGGACAGACGUAGUUCAACAGGACGUCAUGCAGGUCGGGAAUCGCUGGUCGAGAUUUCAAGAAGCGAAUCGUGAAAACAUUGGCAACAAUGUGAACAACACAACACAAGAAGAUCCAGAAAUGACGCAGUUGAACGAACAAAACGUUCUUCAGCCUCAAGUACUCGCUUACAAAGCUGUCCUAGAUGGAUGUUAA